AAAGAGAAGAAAACUGUAUACACCCUUUCACAAGAAAAGUAUCUCAAAAAAAAAAAUAUCAAAGAGUAGGCAUGGAUUCAGAAGAAGGAACACAACAACCUCAGUUAGUUCUUGCGCACAAACUCUUCCUUUUAACACAUUCAGAUGUUAAUGACUUGGACAAAGUUCGUCUUCGUGAAGAAGUCCUUGAAGCUGUUGUCUCCAAUGAUAUGGUUCCAUUGUAUGAAACCCUAGUUUCAAAUGGGGUUUUGAGUUUGGAUCAGAAGGUUCUUGAUUCUAUGCGUGCUAAGAAUUCUGAUGAGCUCAAAAAACUCGACGAGAAGAUUGCUGAUGCAGAAGAAAACUUGGGCGAAAGUGAAGUUAGAGAAGCUCAUUUGGCAAAAUCAUUGUUCUUCAUUCGGAUUGGUGACAAGGAGAAAGCACUUGAACAACUCAAGGUGACCGAGAGCAAAACUGUUGCAGUUGGGCAAAAGAUGGACUUGGUGUUCUAUACCUUGCAGAUGGGAUUAUUUGACUUGGAUUUUGACCUCAUUUCUAAAAGCAUAGAUAAAGCAAAGAAAUUAUUUGAAGAGGGUGGUGACUGGGAGAGGAAGAACAGGUUGAAGGUGUAUGAAGGGUUGUUCUGCAUGUCCACUCGUAACUUCAAGAAAGCAGCAGAUCUUUUCCUUGAUUCUAUCUCAACUUUUACCACAUAUGAGCUCUUUCCUUAUGAUACUUUCAUAUUUUAUACUGUCCUUACGAGCAUCAUUACCUUGGACCGGGUUUCCUUGAAACAGAAGGUAGUUGAUGCACCAGAGAUCUUGACAGUUAUUGGAAAGAUUCCGUUCCUGUCUGAGUUUAUGAACUCAUUAUAUGAGUGUCAGUACAAGUCAUUUUUCUCCGCAUUCGCUGGAUUGACGGAGCAUAUUAAAUUGGAUCGCUACUUGCAACCACACUUCAGAUAUUAUAUGAGGGAGGUCAGAACAGUUGUGUAUUCCCAGUUCCUGGAGUCCUACAAGAGUGUUACUAUUGAGGCCAUGGCCAAGGCUUUUGGUGUAUCCGAGGAUUUCAUCGACUUGGAACUAUCUCGGUUCAUUGCAGCUGGGAAGUUGCAUUGCAAGAUUGAUAAAGUAGCAGGAGUAUUGGAAACUAAUCGUCCUGAUGCAAAGAAUGCUCUUUAUCAGGCAACUAUCAAGCAAGGGGACUUCUUGUUGAAUCGCAUUCAAAAGCUUUCUCGUGUCAUUGAUCUCUAAAGCAGUUAUACCAUGUUGGCGUUGUACUUGUUUUCUUCAACCGCGUGUAGCACUAAUCUUAAUAUAUUUUACCUUUUCAUUUCGAGCUCUUGGAGUACCAUUUAGUAACUUUCUGAAAUCAAGAUAUUUUGUGUGUUGGGAUUAGCUAGCUUAUGUAUGGGCAACAUUCGGAUUCUCUUUUAAAAUCUUGUCUCCUUUUUAAUUUUUUUGUGCAAGUGAUGAUGAAAGUGAUUGAGAGUUCUAUAUUGUGAAGUUAAGAAAUGGGUUUAUUUUGUA